CGCUGGGACACCUGCGAGCACAGGACUGCAGCAUCGUUUGAAAGCCAGUGUAGGAGUCUGUACCCCAAACGUGCACACAUGUGAGGAAGAAGGUAGAUCCCCAAAGGGCUUUCCACCCAGCCUGUGCCUGGACCUACCCUACCCUACCAAGUCAUAGGGAGCUAUGACUCUUUGGAGGUAACCCAGGAGAGAAGGGAUGCAGGCCCUUAGUCCUCCAGAUGAGGGCCCCCUCCAUGGACACGUGGCCUCCCUCAUUGAGACCUACGGGGGCGGCCACCGAGUCUCUACUCAGAGCACUGCUGCCAGUCUCCAUCACCGAGGAGGAGGUCCUGUGCUUGAUCCCAGUCGCCGAAACUUCCAGCACUAUGUCCACUUUGCCAAGGGUUCUGGCCAGGCCCGAGGCCUGCCUCCCAUAAAGCUGCGAGAACCAGAGCAUGAGAAAAAGCAUGGAGGCCAUUCAGGGGCUGGCCCACCUUACUCUCCCAAACUCAAGGAUGUCACCAAGCUCCAGAAGCUGGAGAUGAGGCUGCACACGUUCAGCAUGUUUGGGAUGCCCCGCCUGCCCCCUGAUGACCGGCGGCGCUGGGAAAUAGGAGAGGGUGGUGACAGCGGCCUGGCUAUCGAGACGUCCUGGAGGGAGUUGGUGCCUGGGCACAAGGAGAUGAGCCGGGAGCUUUGCCACCAACAGGAAGCAGUGUGGGAGCUGCUGACCACUGAGCUGAUCUACGUGAGAAAGCUCAAGAUCAUGACUGAUCUUCUGGCUGCUGGCCUGCUGAACCUGCAGCGAGUGGGACUGCUGAUGGACGUAUCAGCUGAGACCCUGUUUGGAAAUGUCCCCAGCCUGAUCCGAGUCCAUCAGAGCUUUUGGGAGGAGGUGCUGGGGCCCACCCUGGAGGAGACCCGCACCUCGGGCCAGCCUCUGGACCCAGUCAGCCUGCAAAGUGGUUUCCUGAUGUUUGGUCAGCGGUUCCAGCCCUACGUCCAGUACUGCCUGCAAGUGAAGCAGACAAUGGCUUACGCCCGGGAGCAGCAAGACACUAACCCUCUCUUCCAUGUCUUCGUGCAGUGGUGUGAGAAGCACAAGAGCUCAGGGAGGCAGAUGCUCGGUGACUUGCUCAUCAAGCCCUACCAGCGAAUCACCAAGUAUCCACUGCUGCUCCAGGCCGUGCUCAAGAGGAGCCCAGGGGUGCAAACCCAAGAGGCCCUGAACGCCAUGAUUGCAGCUGUGGAGUCGUUCCUGAGACACAUCAAUGGGCAGGUCCGCCAGGGUGAGGAGCAUGAGAGCUUGGUGGCCGCGGCCCAGCGCAUCGGCCCCUAUGAGGUGCUGGAACCACUAAGUGAGGAGGUGGAGAAGAACCUACGUCCAUUCUCCACCCUGGACCUGAUGUCCCCCAUGCUGGGGGUCAGCUCUGAGCACAUGAGACAGCUGUUGCUGGAGGGACCCGUGCGCCUGAAGGAGGGCCAGGGCCGAGAAGGGAAGCUGGACGUGUACCUGUUCCUCUUCUCUGAUGUGCUAUUGGUGACCAAGCCCCAACGCAAGGCAGACAAAGCCAAGGUCAUCCGCCCCCCUCUGAUGCUGGAGAAGCUUGUGUUUCGACCCCUGCGAGACCCUCACAACUUCCUGGUGAUCCACCUCACUGAAUUCCAGUGUGUGUCUAGUGCCCUCAUUGUGCAUUGUCCCAGUCCUACUGACCGUGCCCGGUGGCUGGAGAAGACACAGCAGGCCCAGGCCACUCUACAGAAGCUGAAGGCAGAGGAGUACGUCCAACAGAAGAGGGAGCUCCUGGCCCUCUAUCGGGACCAGGACAGGGAGUCCCCCAGCACCAGGCCCUCCACACCUUCCCUGGAGGGCUCUCAGAGCAGCACAGAGGGGAGGACUUCUGAGCUCUCGGCCAUCAUCCCCCACCUAGUGGUGACUGAAGACACGGAUGAAGAUGCUCCCUCUGUACCAGAUGAUACCUCAGACUCUGGCUAUGGCACUCUGAUCCCAGGCUCCCCCAAGAGGUCCCACUCCCCUCUGAGCCGACUACGACAGAGGGCCCUUCGGCGGGACCCUCGCCUCACCUUCUCUACCCUGGACCUGCGAGAUGUUCCUUUGCGCCCCCAGCCUCCUGACCCCCAAGCUCUUCAACGCCGAAGUGCCCCCGAACUGCCAGAAGGGAUCCGAAGAGGAGGCAGUCUUCCCAGGGGAGACCCACCAACCUGGUCUGAGGAAGAAGAUGGGACAUCGAUGGGCAGAAAUGUGGUGGUGGAAACCCUGCACCGGGCCCGACUUCGGGGGCAGCUCCCCCACUCCCCAACCCAUGCUGACUCUGCUGGGGAGAGCCCCUGGGAGUCCUCAGGGGAUGAGGAAGAAGAGGGGCCUCUCUUCCUAGGACCUGACUGCACUGCCUCUCCCCAUCACCUGCGGGCUGAGGACAUGCUCAGAGAGAUCCGGGAGGAGCUGGCCAGCCAAAGGAUAGAGGGCGCCCCGGACCCUAGAGACAACAGGCCUCGGAAGCUAACUCAGGCCCAACUGCGGAGGAUGCGGGGGCGCCACAUCAUACAACUGGACACCCCCUUGUCCACAUCAGAAGUAUGAGGAACACUAAGGACCUUUGGCAUUUCUCUCAGAGGAAAUCUACCCACAAGAGUGCUGGUCACCCCCCUACCCUGGACUCUACCUCAAGGACCAUAUUUUCCAAUAAGAAGCCUGGCCCAGGCACCUUGCCUCCUUUUCUGGAGACUUUGAGGGUGAAGAACUGUAAAUUCAUGUACCAUAGACACCCCAAGCCCUACAUAAAGUUAUGGAUAAAAGUGACUGCCCAGUCAGCAUGGGAUGAGGGUGGGAAGGAGAAAUUUGUUCCCAGGAGUCACCUCUGUCAGUUGGCAUGUUGGUGGUGGGCUACCUGCCUUAGCUCAGGGCUCUUCCCAUCCCACCCUUGAGGAUGUCAGCCUCUGCCGGAGCCUCCCAUGGACAGACCACUCCCUCAGUAGCACAGCUUUAAUUUCAGAGUUUUAGUGUAUUUACAAAAGUCCACAGAUCCAGCUGGGGCCCCCACUGUUCCGUGCUUGCCCCUGCCUUGGGACAGUUCAGCUUGCUCUGUGCUGUCCAGACAGGGGGCAAAGGGGUGCCAAGCUUCCAUUAGUGUAACAUGUCUGCUU